GCGCAUUAUUGCAAAAUUUGCUCGCAUAAGCGAACGCAACUACGAUUACAGAACACGAGCUCCCCCACUAUCAAUAACGAAUACUUAUACGUUUCGCGAGAGUCUACACACAUCGGUAGUCAGCCGCAUCGUGUACAUUGUACACGGUCGUUAAACGAAUAUUCAGUCGUUGUUCGAUCGCGACAUCGAUUGCUUGCUCGCGUCGUCCGUACUCAUUGUUGAACGUAAAUUCGAUUUAGCGCAAAUUUUUUUGCUCUUUUUAUUCUUUUUUAUUCUUUCUUAUGCGAUCGAACACUCAUCGGCAGAUCUAAGCGCGAUUUUCACAUUAGUCAAUCAUGGGAAUAUACGAGAUGGUGGUCGCGGCUAUAUCCGUAUUUAUCGGCGCCUAUCUACUCACGGGAAAAAGACGACGUUUCAUUUACUUACUCUACAAAACUUUGCCUAGAGACGUGCUGGGAGCAUAUAGGUUUGUUCGAGUGAACGUGUUACUAUGGUGGUGGGAAUGGCGAAAAUUUACCGUGGCGAAGUUAUUCACGAGACAUGCCACUGCUAAUCCCGACAAAAUUGCCUUUAUCUUCGAAGAUAAAGAAUGGAGUUAUCGGGAGUUGGAAGAAUACAGCAAUCGAUUAGGACGUUACUUCCAUGGAAAAUCUCUGUCUCGCGAAGAUACAAUUGGCCUGAUUUUGGAAAGUCGACCUGAAUACGUAGGAAUCUGGCUGGGCUUGAGUAAAGCUGGUUUAGUAGGUGCUCUUCUUAACACGAACCUUCGUCAGGAUGUCUUGGUGCAUAGUAUCAAGGCUGCUAAUUGUAAGGCUGUCAUCUUUGGAUCAAGUUUUAAAGAUGCGAUUAAUGAAAUCAGGGAGAGAAUUCCGCAUGUAGCACUGUAUCAGUGGUCCGAAUUGUCCAAUACUUCAUGCCUGGAAGGAGCAAUCGAUCUCAAUCCAGAAAUCAGCAACGUCGAUAUUAGCCCUCUAGACACCGUGGCUUUUGGUGUUCCUAGAGACAAAUUGAUUUAUAUAUACACAUCUGGUACCACAGGAAUGCCGAAAGCUGCCGUUAUUACCAAUUUAAGAUAUAUGCUGAUGUCGUGUGGUGUGAAUUUCAUGUUAAACCUACGACCAACCGAUCGCAUUUACAAUUCUUUGCCACUUUAUCACACGGCUGGGGGAUUAAUUGGAGUAGGUCAAGCACUGCUGAGAGGAAUCACAGUCGUACUUCGCAGACGGUUCAGUGCUUCCAAGUUCUGGCCGGAUUGCGUUCAUUAUGAAUGCACUGUAGCACAAUAUAUUGGUGAGAUAUGUCGGUAUCUGCUCACUGCGCCACCAGCUCCUUGCGACACUACACACAAAGUUCGAUUAAUGUUUGGAAACGGUCUCAGACCUCAGAUUUGGAAGCCUUUCGUGGAGAGAUUUGGUGUGAAGCAUAUAGGUGAAUUUUACGGUGCCACUGAAGGAAAUUCAAAUCUUGUGAAUAUCGAUAACAAGAUUGGUGCAGUGGGAUUUGUACCACUCUGCGCUGGUUCUUUGUACCCUGUAGCUUUGUUGAGAGUUGAUGAAGAGACUGGCGAACCUAUGAGAGGACCAGACGGCCUGUGCAUCCGUUGCAAACCUGGUGAAUCAGGUGUCUUCGUAGGUAAAAUUAAUCCAAAGAGAGUGUUGAAUGAUUUUUCUGGAUAUGUAGAUAGAAAAGCAUCAGAACAAAAAAUUCUUCGCGAUGUUUUCCGAAAGGGAGACAGAGUCUUUAAUUCUGGUGAUAUAUUGCUCAUGGAUGAAUUUGGGUACUUUUAUUUUAAGGAUAGGACUGGUGAUACAUUUAGGUGGCACGGUGAAAAUGUCGCUACAUCUGAGGUAGAAGCUGUUGUUAGUAAUUUGAUAGGUUUAAAAGACGCAGCUGUGUAUGGAGUCGAGGUACCUGGAACCGAAGGAAAAGCUGGAAUGGCUGCCAUUUAUGAUCCAGAAAAUACUCUGAAUAUUAAAGAAAUGGCAGAUGGUUUGAAAAAAUCUUUGCCGUCAUAUGCCAGACCUCUUUUUAUUCGAGUCUUGUCAGAAUUACCAAUGACCGGCACAUUUAAGUUGAAGAAAAAAGAUCUUCAAGAAGACGGAUUCAAUAUUAAAAAGGUUACGGAUCCAAUUUAUUUCCUUGAUAAUUCUGGUGUUUAUGUGAAGCUGUCAGAACAGAUUUAUAACAAUAUACUUGAGGGAAAAGUUCGAUUGUGAGAAAUCCUUAAGAAAAUGAAAGUAUAAGAAAUCUCGACUUUGUAUAAUUUUUAUUUAUUGAUGAGAGAAAAAGUCUAUUAGACAGAUUUAUCUUUUGUCUACACAAGUAUUCGCAGCCAUCCCGAACAUUUCAUCACAAACAAAUUAGCUGGAACAAAUAUAUUUAUAAGUAUUUUUAUACUUAUUUUAUUCUACUUUUUUUUAUUGUUGAAAUUCAAUAAUUCAGAAUAGUAAAAUUUAAAAAACGAAAAAAAAGGCGAGAGAAACAAAUAGAUUUAGUACAUUUAUAAUAUAUUUAAAAGAAAAAUAUUCAUGACAAACACUUACAUCCUGCAAAUUACUCAAACUGUUAAUUUUAAUGGGCUAGAUGUAUUUGUAUUUGUUACAUAUCUCUAGAGAAUAAGAUUUUAAGUUAUUUUAUAAGAAGUUGGUGGAGGUAGUAGCACAAAGUGAUGGUAACUCUGUAAAGUAACGUGUGUAAAUUUGAAGCGUCGUGUCGUAGUUUAAUAAAUUGUCCCCUUGUUGAGAAAAACCAA